GGAGAGGGUUUCUGAGGAAGUCCUGAAACAGCUCCUUGACUCCCUUGAAGCUGGUGGUGUCUUUAAUAAUUUGGAGAAAGAGGAGAUACUUGAAAACAACCAAACCAGAGCAGACAAGGCCCGUUCCACCAUAGAUGCUGUGAGGAAAAAAGGAAACGACUCCUGCAAAAUGAUGAUCCAACAUCUUCAGCUAAAAGAUGCUACACUGUCCAAUCAGCUGGGUUUGCCCUUUGCCUUAUCUGCUCAACCAGCUGUUUUUGGUCGGUGUCAACGAGGCUUUAAAGAGUGUCUGAAGAGGAAGUUCCAAUGUUUGAAUGAAGGCACUCCUAAAGCUGGAAAAAAAACCUUUCUGGAUCAGAUCUACACAGAGCUCUACAUCACAGAGGGAGGAAGUACAGAGGUCAAUGAUCAACAUGAGAUCAGACAGAUUACAACAGCAUCCAAGAAAACCUGUGGACCAGAAACAACAAUCAGACGAGAAGACAUCUUUGAACCCCCACCUGGAAGAAAAGAUCCAAUCAGAACAGUGAUGACAAUGGGUGUGGCUGGCAUUGGGAAAACAGUCUUAACACAGAAGUUCAUUCUGGACUGGGCUGAAGACAAAACCAACCAGGACAUCCACUUCAUAUUUCCAUUCACCUUCAGAAAGCUCAAUGCACUGAAAGGAGAAAAGUUCAGUUUGGUGGACCUUGUUCAUCGCUUCUUCACUGAGACCAAAGAAAUCUGCAGCCUUGAACAGUUCAAAGUUGUAUUCAUCUUUGAUGGUCUGGAUGAGAGUCGACUUCCUCUGGACUUCCACAACAAUAUGACUGUGACAGAUAUCACAGAGCCCACCACAGUAGAUGUUCUGCUGACAAACCUCAUCAGUGGUGAUCUGCUUCCCUCUGCUCUCCUGUGGAUAACCACAAGACCUGCAGCAGCCGGUAAGAUCCAAAGGCAGUUCAUUGACCUGGAGACAGAGAUCAGAGGGUUCACUGACCCACAGAAGGAGGAGUACUUCAGGAAGAGGUUUGGUGAUGAGGAGGAGAAGGCCAGCAGGAUCAUCUCCCACAUUAAGACAUCACGAAGCCUCUUCAUCAUGUGCCACAUCCCAGUCUUCUGCUGGAUCUCUGCUAAUGUUCUGGAGGGUGAAUUAAAGAUCAGAGGCAAAGAAGAGCUGCCAAAGACCCUGACUGAGAUGUACAUCCGCUUCCUGGAGACUCAGAUCAAACAGAAAAAGAUCAAGUAUGAAGGAGGACCUGAGCUAAAAACACUCUGGACCCCAGACAAUAUGAAGAAGGUUCUGCCUCUUGGAAAACUGGCUUUUGAGCAGCUUCUGAAAGGAAACCUGAUCUUCUAUGAAUCAGACCUGAAAGAGUGUGGCAUUGAUGUCCAAGAUGCUCCACUCUAUUUAGGGUUCUUCACUGAGAUCUUUACAGAGGAGAAAGGGAUGGACGGAUGUGAAAAAGGAGGUGCUGGGAGCCCCAUCAGCCCGGAUGCUCUGUUGGCUCCUCACUUUAAAUCAGCGCUGGAGAAGAUCCAGAAGAACGCCGAGGAGUCAGAGACGCUUCAGGACCUGAGCGUGGAUGUUGGGAUUCACCUUGUGGAUGAAAUGAUGUGUAAAGGCCAGUUUAAGUAG